CAUGAGCGAGCCACCAGCGCUUAGCGGUUCCAGUUUGACCACCAAGGAGCUGCAGCAGAGGUGGCGAGAGGCGAAAGGGACGCAGCCUUCACACAAAGUGCUGUUCGACAUCCCGUCCAGUCGCGCUGUUGAGGACGCCUGCUGCAAACAUGUGGUGUACCAGGUGGCGGUGAUGGCCUGUGGAAGUUUCAGCACCCGUCACGUGUGCGUGGAGCGGCGUUACAGCGACUUCUCCCACUUCCAUCAAAAGCUGACGGAGGAGUUCGGCGAGGAGGUUGACGAUCUGGCGCUUCCCUGCAAGCUCCUGGCGGGUCCAGUCGGGGGGCGUGGCUUGGCCCUGCAGGACUACCUGAACCAGGCGUUUGCCGUGCGUUGCGUGCGACACUCGCCUCUUGUCCCGGACUUCCUCACGGGCAAGGAGCUGAGUCGGGCCCGGACCUCGCUGCGAGGCGGGCAGUUCAGAGCGGCGCUUGAGCAGCUGCACGCAGUUCUGCAGAUCCAAGAGAAGCUGGCGCCGUGGCAGAGAGCCACCCAGCUUGUCCCGGCCCUCGCCGCCAUUGCCGUUUGUCACCGCGACCUGGGGGAGCCCCUGGAGGCCGUGGCCACCGCCCACCGAGCGCUUCCUGUCGUCAGACGCUGGAAAAUGAACGACUACCUCGGUGGUCUUCUGGAGAUGCUGGUGGAUCUGAGCUACGGCCUCCAGCGGCCCGUCGCCCACCUCCAGGAGGAGCUGAUGGCGCUGCGGGGCAGCCAUGCCGCCUCCUGGCGCUCCCUGAAGGAGGUGGUGGUCCGUGACGUCACCUAACUGACACACAACGCCAUUUGUAGCUGUUGCUGA